AUCAGUCAGAUUUCCCAUCAUCCCUCUGCAGGUCGGUUGCCAUAGUAACCCGUGCUCCCGCCACCGGCCGCGCGCUGCAGUGAGCAGAGACACGGUGAGUCACAGACGGCAGCUCCGGAGACCCGGAGGACACUCCGGGGACACGGGGACAGAGACCGACAGACGGACCGGACACAGCGACACACCGCUGUUAGCCUGUUAGCUUCUCAGCUGCUGAUGCUGCGGAGGCGACCGACGAUCACCAACUGUUAAUGAAGAGGAGGCAACGUCCGCAGCAACGCGUCAACAUCACAGCGACUACACAGAGACUACAGCAACCACAGAGAGAUUACAAUAACCAGAGAGACUACAGCAAUUUGAGAGAUUACGACAACCUGAGAGACUACAGACAGAUUACAGCAACCUGAGAGAAUAUAGAGAGACUACAGCAACCACAGCAAACUGAGAGAAUAGAGACUACAGCAACCAAAGCAACCUGAGAGUUUACAGCAACCUGAGGGACUACAGCAACCACAGAGAGACUACAGCAACCUGAGAUAUUACAGCAACCAGAGAGAUCACAGCAAUCUGAGAGAUUACAGCAAACACAGAGACCUGAGAGAUUACAGCAACCUGAGAGACAAUAUCAACCACAGAGAGACCACAGCAAUCUCAGAGACUACAGCAACCACAGAGACUAGAGCAACCACAGCAACCUGAGAGACUACAGCAACCUCAGAGAGAUUACAGCAACCAACCUAAGGAGACUUCAGCGCUCCAGCAUCAACUAACAACCAGAGUUUGUUUAAUGACAACCAUGUUGCCUCAACCUGACAGCAGCAACAGAACCUGCAGCAACUACACAUAGAGCAACCAGAUGUAGUGUUUACUAAUCUCACCUACAGCAACUGAACCUGCGGCAACUUGGAAAUAAAUUUAGGAUAUUUGGCACACAACAUAUUGCUUCAUGAAGAGCAACCAGCAACAAGACUGUCGGUGUUUAAAAAUCACAGAUUGCUUCAACCUAAAAGUUUUAAGGACUGCGGCAACCAAACUUUCAGCAACUGAACCCUCAGCAACUACAUCUAUGGCAACAUUGAAACAAAUAGUUGACACCCACCAUGUUUCUUUGUUCACUACAGCAACUACAUGAACAGAAACGAGCAACCAGACAGUUGAUGGUUGCUUCAGUCUGAACAGCAACGCAUACCUCAACUUCAUCUUCAGCAACCAGCAACUCAACUCCUUCAUCCAGCACAUGGGCGUCCCCUCAGACUGAUCAGCUGAUCUGGAGGCAGGUGGGUACCUGCAGAGAAAAAUGGACCAAUCAGACGAGACUUAAUUUAAGAACAUGUAACGUCAGCUGACAGCCUCAGGUGGAGUUAAGCCCCUCCCCCCUGUUCAGGUGAAGACCAAUAGGAUGAGCCUGCUGAAGGAGGCGGAGCCUGGACCGGAGAUGGACGCCAAGGUGCAGACCUGGGCUCAGUCUCUGGUUUACACUCUGGAGGAACUCGAGUGUAAAAUCUGCUACAACCGAUAUGACGCUCGCAGCCGGAAACCAAAACUGCUUGGCUGUCUGCACCGAGUCUGCGCCAAGUGUCUGAAGAAGCUGCUGGACAUGGGUGAAUCCUCGCCGUCCAUCAUCAGCUGUCCGUUCUGUCGCCAUGAGACCCCCGUCCCUGACGAGGAGGUGUGGUUGAUGGAGGACGACCGACACAUCCUGGCUGUUUUGUCAUGUCAGGACCGAGCCCGGCGAGGAGGAGGAGGAGGAGGAGCAGGAGGAGAGGAGGUAGUGCUGAGCCCCAGCAGUCUGACUGGUGGCGGUGGCGUGGACUCGUCCCACCGCUCCUCUGACUGUCUGGUCAUCACCAUCAUGGAGCUGCCGGAAGAGUCCCCAUCCUCUGAUUCGCUGAGCAUGCUGAACGUGGUGUACCGCCCCCCCAGCUUGGACUCUCUCCCCUGCAGGCUGCCGGCACACAAGUGUCGCGCCUGGACGUCCCGCAGCGUCCCUCGCUGCCUGCUGGGGGCGCUCUGCCUGGUGUACUUCAGCUCCCUGCCUCUGGGGAUCUACCUGCUGAUGACGGGUCAGCUGUGGCUUGGUGUGGUCCUGGUGAGUCUGGUUCCCUCCACGCUGCUGCUGCUUGUCCUGUAUGGCUUCUGUCAGUGUCUGUGUCACGAGCUACUGGAGGCGGCUGCUGCACGCCGCACGCUGCCCUGAGACCACACAGGAGCCACCAGAUACACCAGGACCUGGACCAACACCAGGACCAGCAUCUGGACCAGGAUCAACACCAACACCAGGACCUGGACCAGGACCUCCCCAACCCGUCCCCCUCUGAAUACCAGCACCCCCCCUUCCCCCAACCCCUCAGGUGGUGACAUCAUCACAGAGGGGAUGCGGAGUGUAUUUCUCUGAUGUUUUACUGUGAAAAUUUUCUUUGUCACUUCCUCAUGGACAAACUGAGAACAAAAAUUGUAUUUUUAUUUUAUAUGUAUGCAUAAUGUAUGUAUUAUAUAUAUAUAUAUAUA